ACUGCUGAAGUUAAUUAUGCGUUCAAUUAAUCAAAUAACAUUUAGUCUUAUUUCUAGAGAUUAGUACACAUGUAAUUAUUUAUGUUAUACUACUAAAGGAAUUCACCCCAUCAGCAAUCGUUAUCAUCUGAAUUAAUAUCUUGUGUAAUCCAACAAUGGUUCGGAUAUACCUGCGCUGAGAAAAGUGACACGCAUCACGUGACAAUCCAAAAAAAAAUUAAAUUGUUUUUCAAUUUAGUUUAUAUCAUAUCUUUAAUAGUCUAUUUUGGUUUUCUUUGAUAUUAAAAACAAAGAUUUUCAAGCGUGUGCUCCAAAUUAACCCAAUGAAUUGUGGGAAAUUAUAGCCGUUUCUUAAACGUAUGAAGGCAGUCCUGUUUGUUUCAGUUAACUAAACAUUAUAUUCGAGGGGUCAUGAACAUAAUAAAACUAUUUACACUUCAUCAAGAAUAAUUCUCCAAUUUAUAGCCUGUUAGUCUAUUAUUUUAUUGCAAGACAAAAGGAAAACACUGCAGUGACACGCGAUGCACAAAGGAGACAAAAUCUCGAUCUUUAGGAAAUAAUGUAGUAUCGUUGAGAGAUUUUAAAGUUUUCACAGAACAUUCUUAACUGACUAGAACAGCUAAAGCGCCAAAAUAAUUAUUUAAAUUCUUUACUUCAAAGUGGGAUUUUGCUAACUAUUUUAGUGCUAACAAUUCAUCUCUCCUUUGUGAAUGCAUUCUUUAAACAAACAUCAUAAAGGCUGCUUUAAAAGAUUCUAAAAAUAUAAAUGAAAAUCAGCGGACAGGCCAUCAGCUCCUGGAGAUUAUCCAAAACGUACUAUUGCUCAACUCAGUCAAAACAUAUAUGACUAUUAAUGCAAAUGAAUCAGAUGAAUAUAAUUACUAAUUAAAAGAGAUCAAAUUAAAGCGCAUGUUUAGCCAUUUUUAGCAUCUUUCUAUGCAUGCAUUUAUAUGAAUUGAAUUACGUUACAAAGACGAAUAUUAAACAAUGCGUGCGUUAGAAAUGUCCCUUUACUUGAUUGCUGAUCGGUGCGGAAUAAAGCCCAGAAUAAAGUCCGCAAGGGACAUUUUAAUGAGCCUAAUGUAAAAACGCGCUCCGAACAGACUGCGCUCGGCCAGUCCCUCAGGGUCACGCGCUCUCGUUCACCCGGCGCGCGCUGCAGCGGACGUCUCGCGCUUGUGUGUUUUCCUCAGUUAAGCACGGGGGCCACCGAGGCGAAUGGCCAAUAACUACCAAUGGACUGUUAAAGGAUGCACUAAUUAUUGACUUUGCCUUUCACGUGCCCAAGGAUAACAGCUGACAGAGAAAUGUAUGGAUUCAUCAACACAUGUCUGAAGUCUCUAGUGAUUGACCGAUUUGGUGAAGAAACGUGGGACAGACUGAGGGAUGCAGCAAGAGUUCAAGACACUUUCAUGACCUACGAAGUGUACACAGAUAACAUCACCAUGCAGUUAGUGACGGAGGCCUGCAAGAUGCUCGGCCUGGAGCAAAGUGCUGUGCUGGGGCAGUUUGGAGAAUAUUUUUUUGAGUUCUGCAAAAGGGCCGGGUAUGAUCACAUGCUGCGGACGCUUGGAGGAAAUCUGUUCGAUUUCAUGGAGAAUCUGGACGCGCUGCACGGCUAUCUCUCUCUUUCCUACAAGGAAAUGAAUGCACCAUCAUUCCGGGUGGAAAAAAACAACGAUGGCACUUUGCUGUUACACUACUACUCAGAUCGACGAGGUCUUGGCCAUAUCGUCCCUGGCAUCAUCGGAGCUGUUGCUAAAGACUUCUUCAACAGCAAGAUAAAGAUGGAGAUUGUGAACCAGAUCGAGGAAGUCGAGAGGAUGGGAAAAAAGGAGCACAUUGUUUUCCUCAUCACCCAGAGCCCAGUGAUCCUAGACAAAGUGUGCAGUAAAAGUGAAACUUUAAGUGCGUUUGAGCCUGUGUAUCCAGAGAAUCUGUGCAUCGAUCUGAAGACGUUUUGCAAUGCCUUUCCUUUCCACAUUGUGUUUGAUGAAGAACUUCGCGUCAGACAGACAGGGGUGAGCAUUCAGAGAGUCGUGGCCGGGUUACAGAGCAGGGGUGGCCUGCUGGAUCAGUAUUUCGACAUCCGGCAUCCGCAGGUGACUUUCAACAUCUGCAGCAUCCGCAAGUUCAUUAACAGCCAUUUCGUUUUGCGGACUCGGAGAGACAGAAUGCCUGUGGCUUGGAGAGAGAGACCCGUGCUGGAGCUGAGAGGGAAUAUCAACCAUUUCUCCUUCCUUCUCCCAGGACAAAUGUUAUGGAUGCCUUCGUUGCGCUGCAUGCUGUACCUAGCAUCACCAUUACUUCGCAGCUUGCAGGAGCUGGAGGAGCACUGCAUGCAUCUUUCUGAUAUUGCUCCACACGACGCUACGCGUGAUCUGAUCCUGCUCAACCAGCAGCGGCUGGCGGAGAUGGAGCUCUCCAACCAGCUAGAACGAAAAAAGGAAGAGCUGCAUCAGCUCUCAAAACACCUCGAGGAGGAAAAGCAGAAGACGGAGAAUCUGCUGUAUGCCAUGCUGCCCAAACAUGUGGCCAACCAGCUGAAAGAGGGCAAGAGAGUGGAGGCAGGUGAGUUUGAAGAGUGCACCGUCCUCUUCAGCGAUGUGGUGACCUUCACCAACAUCUGCUCUGAGUGCGAACCCAUCCAGAUUGUUUCCAUGCUCAAUUCCAUGUAUCUCAAGUUUGACCGUCUUACCACUGUACACAAUGUUUACAAAGUUGAGACGAUUGGAGAUGCUUACAUGGUUGUCGGUGGCGUGCCCAUCCCAAUGUCAAGUCACACUGAGCGUGUGGCUAACUUCGCCCUGGGCAUGACCAUUGCAGCAAAAGAGGUCACUAACCCUGUGACUGGUGGCCCUAUUCAGAUUCGAGUGGGCUUGCACAGCGGACCGGUCUUGGCAGGGGUGGUUGGUGAGAAGAUGCCUCGGUAUUGUUUGUUUGGAGACACAGUUAAUACGGCCUCCCGAAUGGAGAGUCAUGGACUGCCUGACAAAAUCCACCUCAGUCCCAGUGUUUAUCAUGCUCUAAGAAAUAAAGGCUAUCAGAUGGAGGAGCGUGGAGAGAUAGAGGUAAAAGGUAAAGGAAGAAUGUGCACCUACUUCCUGCAGAGGAACCUAAAAGUCACAGAGAGUGAGAUAAUGGGGCUUUUGGUGCCCAACGUUGACUCAGACAGGAAGAUGAAUCAUUCAACACAAGCUUCAAAGCUACUUCACUACAGGCCAGCAUUAAAAGCUACCCAGAGACUACAGAAAGGAGACAGCUUUCCAAUGGUACCAAUGAAAUACGGAGAUAGCCCAACAGAGAGCAAACCUCCCACAAGAUUUUCUGAACCUCAGCACAGCUCUGCCACAGGUAAGCCGCGAGACUCGGAGAGCUAUGGGAGUCUUUACAGCGAGGACGAGUCCUCUGAGCUCACGAAGGACGGCACACCCAACACGACAGCUGAGAAACGCAGCAAACACGUUCACACUGGGUUCUGCUCGUUAUUCUGACCUGAGCUGUUAUGUAACAUGUAACGUGGAAAACGUAAGACAAGCUAAUGGUCGUAUACUAAAUCGUUUAUGAAGAUUUUAAAGCGAAAUAGCCUAUGAGAAACAUAUUUCCUGUGCCUGUUAUGUAAAUGAGGGCCUUUGUGUUACAUGUGGGUUAAAUAGGUAAGUGAAACCUAAAAGAAAUUUCAUCCCCUGAGCAAUAAUUGAUUUCAGGAGUGAAAAAAAGACUUUGAUACUUUGUGCAUUUUCUUUAUCUUAACCUAGUAAUACUACUACUACUAAUAAUAGUGUAAACCUUCUUUGGCUUUCUCUUCCUUGUAGCAAAAUUGUCACUGCCUUAAUACAUUUUAAUAUAAUUUAAUAUCAGUUUUCGUAUAAACGGAUAUUUCACCCAAAAAUGAAAAUUCUAUCAUCAUUUACUUAACCUCAAGUUGUUUAGAAGCUGUGUGAGUUUUUUUAUUAUGCUUAACACAAAAGUAGAUAUUUUAGAAAGAUAUUGGUAAUCAAACAGUUGAUAUAUAUAUAUAUAUAUAUAUAUAUAUAUAUAUAUAUAUAUAUAUAUAUAUAUAUAUAUAUAUAUCAUGGAAGUCAAUGUUACCGUCAGUUGUCUUGUUCUUCGAAAUAUUUUCCACCGCUUUGGACCAACUUGAGGAACUAUGAGUAACUAUAACAGAAUUUUAAGUUUUGGGAGAACUAUCACUUUAAACAUGUUUUUAGGUAAACUGCUAUGUUAAAAUCGAGCAUGCUAACACUGAAUAAAAUAGUGGGAGAUUUUGCAGAGAACAAACUGAUGUAAGUAAUACUCAUUAAAAGCACUAUGAACUAAUUACACCAAACUCUGUAUAUUGAGCAGGAAGCGCAUUUCUCCCCUUUUUCUUUACGCAAGCGGACACCCGAUCCAGACGGGAGAGCCGGACUGACAGGUCAUCGGACGAGACCGUGGGACUUGAGUUUCUUAAGCUGGAUGAAUUUGAGAAACCAAAUCUGUAACAGGAGUCAAAGCGUUGAGGUCAGGUGUGGGUAUUAAUUCACCGCAGCACUAAAAACCGCACUACUGCGCUUCCUCUUUGUCAGCUUCACAAGCAUCGGUUUUGUGGGAGUUUCUGUUUUUCCCGCCAUUAGUUUGGGCUUCACGAGUCUGUUUCCUCUAUCGCUUGGAGUUCACAGGUGCUUCUCUCGGACAGGUGCUCGGUCAGUACAGGUCGAUUGGUGUAAAUGUCGUCCACUGGCAACAGGAACGUUACCGUCUUGACUUUGGCUCUACAAUGUUAUUAACACAUGAGUUACUAAAUAUUAGUUAACGUUUAAAACCGACUAAA